AUGAGCCUCUUCAGGAUCGUUGUGCUCACUCUGUGGCUUGCACUCCCUGCUGUCGCUGUUGCGCUGCUGACCUCUCCCGUUGACGCCAUCAACCUUGAUGAAGUCUCGCAUGCGAAUCCCAACACUGACAACCCCCACUUCCAACUUGAUACUUUGGCGACGACCACCUCGGCUACUAGAGCCCCCAGCUAUCAAAGCCUACUAGAUACCGCCCGCGUCCUUGAAGUCGACGUUUGA